UAAAUUGUAAUAAACAGAAAUAAUUUGUCACGUGUUAAUUAGAUAAUUAAUUAAUUAAAUUUAUAUAUUUACAUAUUUAUAUGUCCUAAGUUCAUUUGAAUAAUAUAUAUUUAAUGUCACAUAAAUAUAUGUGAUAUAAAAAUGGGGUAUGGUAAAAGACCAGUACGUGGUGGUAAGAGAAAACUAGACCGUCGAAAUUCAAAAUCAGUUCCAAAGCCAAAAGUCAAAAAAGGCAAAUUUAAUUUACGCGAAGCUUCAUACGUCAAAGAACGCGAUGCUAAAAAUGCAGAGAUUGAAAACCGAAGAAAAAAAAUUGAAGAAGAAGAAAAAGUAAAACAAGACGAAGAGACAUCCGAUGAAGAAGAAGAUCCCAUGAAGACAUUGAUGUCAACUUUUUCUCUUAAAAAAAAUUUUAAUGAAAAUAAAGUCGUCUCUGAAUCAGAAUCAGAAUCAGAAUCUGAAGUUGAAGAUGAAUUAAAAAAAAAAACUGAGAUGAGUGACAGUGCUGAUGAAUCAGCAAAUGAAAGUCAAAUAAAAUUAGAUAAAAUAUUAGAUGCUGGUAACAAAGAAGAAGAAGAAGAAGAAGAAGAAGAAGAAGAAGUUGAUGAUUUUAAAUUAACAAUUCAAGAAAAUGAAGAAGAUGACGAAACAGCACGUGAAGAUUCCGGUAUCAUAACUGACCCAUUUUCCCUCCAUUUAAUAAAUGAUCUAUCAGAUGAUUUGUACACCUCAGUGUCAAGUCCCAAGCCAUCUACCGAAACCCAUCAGUUAACUUGGUCAGCUCUCGGUAAACUUAUCGUCCAAAUUCCCAAAUGUAAUCCAGCUCCCGAUACUAAGUCUUCAAAAUCUUUGGACUUUAUAAAAGAAGACAAGAGAUACACAGAGCCAGGUACUAUUCCCUUGUCGAUCCGCGAGAUUGAUUGGAAUAAAUUGCACAUUAAGAAUCAGAUCCAGAACAACAUUACCAAAGCUAAUUACAAAAACAUAAAAGACGAUUUGGAUUCGAAUCCCAGCGCGCUGACCCCGACGCAGAAGGAAUUAUUUUCCAUAGUAAAUAAUUAUCAGGAUCUGCUGUACUGCGAGCGGACAUUCGACAACGAGAACGAAAUCAUGUUCACUUAUUGCCUGCACACAAUAAACCAUUUGCUGAAAACGCGGACUAAGAUUCUGCACCACAACGCCAAGUUAUCAAAAGCAAAUUCACUAGCGCAAAUACCCGACGAGUAUCGCGACCAAGGUCUAGUUCGACCCAAGGUUCUUAUCAUCGUCCCGUUCCGUCAUUCGUGUCUGAAGAUCGUCGAGCUGUUGAUCGAAAUAUUAAUCGGCGACGACAAAGGCGGCUCCGUCGUUAACAAGAAACGUUUUCUUGACGAAUUUGCAGGGGGAGAUACUCUGAGAAUGCCGAAAAAAAAUCCCAAGCCAGAGGAUUAUGAGAAAACUUUCAGCGGGAACAUUGACGAUACUUUCAAAAUAGGAAUCGCGCUGACGAAGAAGACUUUGAAGCUCUACUGCGACUUUUAUUCGUCUGAUAUUAUAAUCACGUCGGUGCUGGGGCUGCGGAUGCUCGUCGGCGCCGACGGUGAAGAGAAUCGCGACUACGAUUUCUUGUCUUCCGUCGAAUUAUUGAUCAUGGAUCAGUGCGAUUUAUUUUACAUGCAGAAUUGGGACCAUUUGAUCCAUGUUUUGAAUCACUUGCACUUACAGCCGAAAGAACUAGACCAUGGCACAGACUUUUCCCGGGUCAGAAGCUGGGCCGUCAAUGGCUGGGCUAAAUAUUACAGGCAGACUUUGAUAUUUUCCGGUGUUCAUUUACCGGAAGUUCAUUCUGUGUUUAACAAAUUCUGCCAUAAUUACGCGGGAAAAAUAAAAGUCAUGAACCCGGUGUCCGAUGGUUCGAUUUGUCGGGUGAUUGUUCAAUUGCAGCAGGUGUUUUACAAAGUAGACGCUGCUAAUUACCAGCAGGCAAUUGACGCGAGGUUUAAUUUCUUUGUAAACAAAAUUUUGCCGCAGUACAAGGACAGUAUUAUGAACCACACGUUGAUUUUUGUACCUUCUUACUUUGAUUACGUCAAGUUGAGAAAUUAUUUUAAGAAGGAAGAUUUGAAUUUUGUGCAGAUUUGCGAGUAUUCGAAGGACGCGAAAAUAGCGCGGGCUCGGGAUAUGUUCUUUCACAGCGACGCGCAUUAUUUGAUUUACUCGGAGCGUUUUCACUUCUUUAGGCGCGUUACUGUCAAGGGCAUACGUCAUUUGAUAUUUUACGCGCCGCCGACUUUUUCAAAUUUUUACAGCGAAAUGUGUAAUUUUAUGCAGGAGGCGAAUCAGAAUCCGAGAGCUGGCUCAGAUAAUAAUAUGACUGUUACGACAUUGUAUACGAAGUAUGAUAACAUGCAAUUGUCGGCGAUACUCGGUACUGAGCGGACGAGUAAAAUGAUUGGGUCUGAUAAAAAAAUACACAUGGUUAUGACGGGAGAGUAAUUAUGUAAAUUUAUUUUUAUGAAUGUAGGGUGGUUAAAAAUUAAAUUUUCUCAGGUGUCAUAAAAAAUUUUUUAGUGAAAAAAUACCUGGGUUGGCUUUUUUUUAAGUAAAAUGAACACGUGCCGACGAUCAAAAUUUUGCGAUACAAUCGCGUUUUUUUUAAUAUCUCAUGAAAUAUGCGGAUUAGAGGAAAAAGUCAUGGGAACAAUUUUGUAGGAAAUUAAAUUCUUGACAAAAAAGGUCAUAUUCAUUUUUUUUAUAAAAUGUGUAUUUAUGAAGAUAUUUUAAAAAAACUUUUUUUAGAUCUUAUCAAUGGGUUUUAAGGAUUACAAAUUUUGAAAAUAAAAUUUUUCUAAGUAUAUAGAAACUAUACAAGCAUUAAUGAUUGAUAUGUUACGAGGUACAAAGUUUUCUACAUUUAAGAAAAAACGUUAUUUUUAACAUUCGUAAUUCUAAAAAUGCUCAAUUGAUAAGAUCUGAAGUUUUUUAAAAAUAUCUUCGAAAAUACACAUUCUAUAAAAAAAAUGAAUAUGACCUUUUUUGUCAAGAAUUUAAUUUCCUACAAAAUUGUUCCUAUGGCUUUUUCCUUUAAUCUGCAUAUUUCAUGAGAUAUUUAAAAAAAACGCGGUUGUAUCGAAAAAUUUUGAUCGUCGGCACGUGUUCUUUUUACUUAAAAAGAAAAAACCAAUUCCCCAGGUAUUUUUGCACUAAAAAGAAGCUUUUUAUGGGGCGCCUGAGAAAAUUUAAUUUCUAACGACCGCCCUAAUGGAUAUAUAAUGAAAGGCCAAUUGUAAUAAUGCAACAGUUUUUAAGGGGGGAGAGGGUCUGAAAUACAAAAAAAAGAGGAUAUUGUGAUUUUUUUUUUCAGAGAAGCUUUUUUCUUAAAAUUUUUAAAAUUUGUGACAUGGUUAAGCAUCACUCCAAGAAUAUUCUAGGAAAUUUUCAUAAAAAAAUAAUGAAAAAUAAGCCAGUGGUAGUGGGGAGAGACGUGUCACAAAAAGUCUCUAUGCCGAAGGCAGGAUAACUCAUGACUGCAUCUGAAAUAAAAAAACUAAUAAGAUUCCUUUAGUACAUAAGUUUGAUGGAUUUGAACGAAGAAAUAAACAAAAUAUUCAUUUUUGAAUUUUGGUCAAGCUGCAAUAAAAAAACUCUGAUUUUUCCCAAAAAUUCCUCCUUUUGUUUAAUUAACAAAUAAGUAGUUAAUGAAAAAAAAAUCCUUCGUUCAAAUCUAAGAUAAACUUGAGUAUUAAAGAAAUCUUUUUUUUUUUUUAUUUCAGAUGCAGUCAUGAGUUAUCCUGCCUACGGCAUGGAGACUUUUUUGACCCGUCUCUCCCCACUACCACUGGUUUAUUUUUCAAUAUUUUUUUAUGAAAAUUUCACAGAAUAUUCUUGGAGUGAUGCUUAACCAUGUCACAAAUUUUAAAAAUUUUAAUAAAGAAGCUUCUCUGAAAAAAAAAAUCACAACAAAUUUUUUUUUGUAUCUCAGACCAGCUUCCCCCUUAAAUAAUUGAGUGAUCAAUUAUUUUAUAUGCUUGCAAAAGUGAAAAUAAAUAUAUAGAUGUACAUAAAUGUUAAAAAUAUAAAAAUUAUUUAAGUUAAUAAAAUUUGAAUAUAAAAAAAAUUUAUACUCAUUCAAAAAAUUGGA